AUGGAGCAGGAGGCCCAGCUGCUGCGCCAGUGGCCCUGGCAGGCGGCUCAGCACCUGGUCGCAGAGGAAAUUGAGAAAUCAGUGUCCGUCUUGGAUAUGUCCUCAGCUCCCGGAAGUGGUGGCGCGCACACCUGGAACUGCAACCCACCAGGCUAUCACCACUGCUCUUCCUGUCCAGACCCGGAGAGGGUUCCCUUGGGGUCUACAGAGACUCUGCGGCACAACGUGGGUGAAAUGGAGUCACGGUUCAGUAUGUUGCUGCCCGAGUCUUGUGUGAACUACUGCUCCCAAGUGGCUCUGAUGCCUUCAAACAUGAUUUACUGUCAGGGCCCAGGCCCCAGCCAGUCCGGAGUGAGGCUCUUCAGGGGGUCUCAGGUGGGGCCCUUGAGAGAACCAGGGAUUCCCAGAGUGGCCAGGAACUACGGUGGGACUCUCAGGGGGGCCUGCUCAGGGCCACCCAUCUGGGCUCCCUCUGGGGUCCCCAUGAUGUCCCACAUCAGGACCCCACCAAUGCCUUGUUCUGGCUCCCCCAAAGGCCCUCCCAGCAGGAACUCUUUAAUCCCUAAAAUGCUCUUGGCCCCAGUCAUGCCUUCAGCCGAGACCCAGGCAAUGCUCCCCUGUUUGCCUAAGAUGUUACCCUCCAGAGCCCCCCACGAUCUUGAGAUGCCCCCGGCUGGAUCCCCAACGCUGCUGGCUUUAGAAUCCCCAAGUUCUUUUGAGAGUCAGCCAGCCCGUGGGGAAGAUAACUCCCCACCAGAGCAGCCCAGAGCUGCAGCCCAGGAGCCAGAACAGAGCUCCAACACCCAGGAGAAGGCCCCCGGGAGAUCAUUGCCAGUGUCAAAGCCGUUCCGCUGCCAGCAUGAGAACUGUGGCAAGGCCUACACCAAACGCUCCCACCUCGUGAUUCACCAGCGCAAGCACACAGGCGAGAGGCCCUACCGGUGCCAAUGGGAAGGCUGCCUAUGGUCUUUCAUCCGGUCUGAUGAGCUUGGACGGCACAUGCGUAUCCACACCAAGGUCAGACCCCACCGAUGUGAGCUGUGCGGCCGGCAGUUCAUGCGAGCAGACCAUCUCAGGCAGCACCAGAGAACACACGAGCGGGUGUCCGAGUCUCCGGAGGCACAGGCCAGUCCAUCUCUUCGGCCCUGCAUUUCGCCUUCUCCACCCACACCCCACCUGCCUCUGACCAUGCUGGUCCUGGUGGUCGGCGUGGACCUAGAGGAAGACACAUCUUAA